UUUUCCGACCUAACCUGCAAAUCAUCCAAGCAGUCUUGGUCAACAGAAGUAAAAGAAGAAGAACCUGCAAAUCCUGCGAUUGUUCGUUAAUUUUCAUUGGAAAUAUGGAUACGGGAGAAAGCGAUGGGGAAAUGUUCGACGACGAAAUAGACGACACGAGACACGAGAGGAUAGUGGAAAACGUCCUUAAACUCAAUAAGGCGCAGCAUUUGAAAAAACCAUCUCGGACCGAACCCACGCUGCAAAUAUCCGAAUUUAACUUGGUUAAGUCGGCGGCUGGGAAAGGGAGCACGGUCGCGUUGGACAGCCUUACGAAGGCGUUAAAGAAACGCAAGAAGCUCAGCGAGACCGUGAAAAAAAUCGAAUCGACUGGUAAAAAGGCGCGGACGUUGCCCAAACCCCUGGAAAAACCCCAAUCGGCGAGGAUCAAACGGUCGGUGGGCUACGAGAAAUCGAGGUUGCAAUUCGACAGGUGGGAGGGGUUUGUCGCGUCGAACAGAGCGUUGGCGCAUCAGGUGUACCCGUUGGGUAGUCUGGAAAAGACGAGAAUCGAAGAAAGGGAGGCUGCUAAUUUUCCGCAGACGUGGCGCAUCAAGUCGGAGAUUCAGAGGGAACUCGAGAAACUAGAGCCGCGGGUCGAAAUUAAUCGCGUGGAUGAGGAUCAAAAGGAAUUCACGCUCACCUUGGAGGAGCUCAAAGAGCGGCGCAAUGAGAUGGCGAAAUUGCGGGCGCACCAAAGCUACAAGGAGUCGAAGGCGCGCCGGCAGAACAAGAUCAAGAGCAAAAAGUAUCACAGGCUACUGAGGCGCGAGACUAUUCGAAAAAAACUGAAGGAGUUUGAGGAGCUGCAAAAAACCAAUCCCGAGGAGGCGCUCAACAAGUUGGAAGAGAUCGAGAGGGCGAGGGCUUUGGAACGGUACAGCCUGAGGCACAAGGGCACCGGGCGGUGGGCCAAGAGUAAACAAUUUCGUGCGAAAUACGACAAACAAAGUCGGCAGGUUUUGGCGCAGCAGUUGGCCAUUAGCAGGGAUUUGACGCAAAAGUCGAAAGGGGACGGCGAUUCGGACGAGGAAAUCGCGGAAGACGACAAUAAUUUGCCCGAAAGUUAUAAGGACAAUCCGUGGAUCGGGACUCCGAAACCGGACAAGGAAGUCGCCGAGUUUUAUAGCAGUUACAAAAAAUACUGGAGCGGCAAAGUGGGGGAGGGCGCGGCCGACCCCGCGAGCGGGAGGGUUGAGGGUCCUUCCGUGGGCUCGGAGCCAAGAGAGAGCAAAAAAAAGAAACCUCCGAAGGUCGAGAAGACCCAAAAGAGCAUGAACUCGUCGUCGGGAGAGUGGGACAUAGAAGAGCUCUUUCAGAGGGCCGAGAACGCGUUGGGACGCAAGUUGCAGAACAAAAUGAAGUCUAUGAAAAAGAAAACGAAAUUGACCGUGCCGAAGCCCGCCAAAAGGGCCAAGUCGAAAAGUAAAGGCGCGAAAAUUGACCUCUCCAUGCCGACGCAAAGCAAGAGGCACGCGAUCGACGAGGAAAUGCUGGAAAUGGCUGGCGAAUCGAGGGAAAUCCGAACGCAAGGCGUCGACGGGUUAAAGAAGGUGCUAGAGGGCGCGAUCGGCGACGAAAAGGGCGUCGACAUCGUCGUCCCCGACAAUUUGCCUAAAGCGAGGGCCGCUACCGUCCUGGAUUCGGCAAAUCCGGACCUGGUCGAGGAGGACGGUAAUCGCCAGGACGCGAAUCAGGAUCGGGUCAUCGUCGAGGCGUUCGAGGACGACGACAUUGACGCCGAUUUCGGCAAAGAAAAGGCCGAGGAAAUCGACAAAGACAAGCCGAAAGAUAUCGAUUUGAAUUUGCCUGGUUGGGGCUCGUGGGCGGGCGCGAUGAUCGAUCCCAAAAAGCAGCGCAAACGGAAAAGGUUUAUAUUUAAAAUGCCGGAGAAGAUGCCGAGGAGGGACGAGAACAGGGGCAGCUUGAUCAUUAACGAGAAAGCGGAAGAGAAAAUCAGGAGUCAUCUAGUGUCGGAGGUGCCCUUUCCUUUUAAAACGGUGAAGGAUUUCGAGGCGAGCAUCAGGGCGCCGAUAGGGAACACGUUCGUGCCCGAGACGGCGUUUAGAAAGUUGGUCAGGCCCGCGGUGGAGACGAAAAUGGGCGCCAUUAUCACGCCCGUGACGAAGGACCUGUUGACCGGCAAGAAAAGAAAGAAAUGAAAAUCUAUUGCGAUCGGCGGUUGGUUUUAUAUAUGUUUAAUUAAAUCGAUAAAGUACCAUUGUUUUUGGUUGGGCCCCGACACCAAAAAGCAAGAUUGAUUUCGAAAAAUCGUUGCUGUGCAAAGCGACUGCUUCGUACUAAGCGCUAUGU